CAGAAAACUCCAGCAUAUUUCCACACUACGUGACAAUGGAAGUGAUAGAAGGGAAGAUGAUGGAAGAUCCGAUGACCUUUGACCCCACCGUCCGACCGAAUCACUCCAGCCUGCACUGGCCGGUUAUUGACGUCAACGAAACGAACUCCACCUACGCCAUAAACCUUCUCCUCUCCUGCAUCUACACCGUCCUGCUCUUCCCGCUCGGCCUCGUGGGUAACAUCCUGAUUCUGCUGGUGAACUUUGACCCUCGUCAACGGAUGAGCACCCCUGACCUCUACUUCACUAAUUUGGCUCUGGCCGACCUGGUGCUGGUGCUGGACUCGCUCAUCGAGGUGUUCAACCUGAGCGCGCACUACUACGACGACGCCGUGCUGUGCUCCUGCAUGGCGCUCUUCCUGCAGGUCAACAUGUACAGCAGUGUGUUCUCUCUCACCUGGAUGAGUCUGGACCGUUGCCUUGCGCUGACCGGCCUCAGCACGCGCGCGCUACCCGAAAACGUUUCCGCCUCGCACCGUUCGCGCGUCGCCCGUAGGGCUUGCGCGACCAUUUGGGCGGCGGCCACCCUGUGCACGCUGAUCCCAUUCGCUACAGCGCACAUGCGUCACGGCUGGGGGCGUGGCUUCUGUUUUGCGGGCGUGGCCGAGGUGCAAUGGCUGGAGGUGACGCUGGGAUUCGCCCUGCCUUUUUGCGUGAUGGGCGUUUGCUACACCCUGAUCGCACGCGUGCUUCUGCGCUCCGAUAGGCCGCAGCGAACCAAAGCCCUGCGCAUGAUCGUCGCAGCCGUGAGCGUGUUUUUUGUGUGCUGGCUUCCGGAGAACGUCUUCAUCAGCGUGCAUCUCCUGAGUGGCGACACUGACGCCUCGCGGCGGAGAGGAAACCACACGUUGUGGCAGCGCCACCCGCUGACGGGACACGUGGUGACCUUGGCGGCCUGCGCCAACAGCUGCCUGAACCCGCUCGUCUACAGCCUGCUGGGAAACACGUUCAGACAGAAACUGCAAGUGUUUGUCGCGCACCACGUGCACUGCCUGCAUACGUGCGCGCAGAAUGUGAGCGCAACGCCACCCUGUCCAUGCGUCGCUUGCACAAACGCGCACCAUUCGUGCUCGCAUGAGAAUAAGGAGGAGGAGGAGCGUGACCUCAGGAGCGGCGAGGAGGGGCGAGAGUGUGUGUGUGACAGAGUGGGAUAAACAGUCAUGUUGUAAUGACACAGGACAAGUUCUUGAUUUUACCCACUAUCUUUGUAAAAACUUUUUUUGACACAAAAUAAUACUUAUAUUAAGCAAGGAUGCCUAAAAAGUGAUU